GGGACAGUGUUCUGUGAGGUUCUUGACAUUCAAAUGAUAUUGAAAAGUUCGCCACCAGUGCACAGUGCUUCACUUCGCCGGCUUUUUCUGCUAUUUUCCCAGCAUUUUCGUGAUUUUUCCCAGUGAAUUUUGGUGCUAAAGCAAUGUCUGCGAGAGCCUUUCUUCCAUCUGAGCCCUCUUGGCAAGCAAUUCAAGCAUAUUUUAAUGAAAAUGGUGCCAAAAUCAAUAUCAAAAAUCUCUUUGAACAAGAUGCCAAUCGAUUUGAGAAGUUCAGUUUAAAACUCUCAACACCUGCUGAUGGUGAUAUUCUUUUGGAUUACUCGAAGAAUCGUAUCACUGAGGAUGCUCUGAAGCUGCUCCUGAAGCUGGCAGAAUCUAGGAGAGUGGCUGAGGCCAGGACUGCAAUGUUCUCUGGAGAACAUAUCAAUAUCACGGAAGAUCGAGCUGUUCUCCAUGUCGCUCUGAGAGAUCGGUCUGGUCAGGUCAUUCUUGUAGAUGGCAAAGAUGUGAUGCCCGAUGUGCGUGCUGUUUUGGCUCACAUGAAGGAGUUUUCUGAACAAGUAAUCUCAGGCUCCUGGAAGGGUUUUACGGGCAAGUCCAUUACCGAUGUGGUUAAUAUUGGGAUCGGAGGUUCAGACUUAGGACCUCUGAUGGUUACUGAAGCCCUAAAGCCCUAUAACAAGGGCCUAAGGACACAUUUUGUCUCCAAUAUCGAUGGUACUCACAUGGCUGAGACUUUGGGUCGAGUUAAUGCAGAGACCACAUUGUUUAUCAUUGCUUCCAAAACCUUUACCACCCAGGAGACCAUUACGAAUGCAACAUCUGCCAAACAAUGGCUUUUGGAGAAGGCUAAGGAUCCAUCUGCAGUUGCCAAGCACUUUGUGGCUCUUUCCACAAACACAGAAAAAGUUAAAGCUUUCGGUAUUGACGAGAAAAAUAUGUUUGGAUUCUGGGAUUGGGUUGGUGGUAGGUAUUCUCUCUGGUCAGCUAUUGGUUUAUCCAUAGCUCUGGCAAUUGGUUUUGAUAACUUUGAGAAACUCCUGGAGGGUGCUUACUUCAUGGAUAUACACUUCAAGUCGGCUCCUUUGGAAAAGAAUGCCCCAGUGAUACUUGCUUUGCUGGGUAUCUGGUAUUCGAACUUUUUCAAUGCUGAGACCCAUGCUCUCUUGCCCUACGAUCAAUACUUACAUCGGUUUGCUGCAUACUUCCAGCAAGGUGAUAUGGAGAGCAAUGGAAAGGGUGUCACAAAAUCUGGAGAAAGGGCUACAUUCUCCACAGGACCCAUUGUCUGGGGAGAACCUGGGACAAAUGGUCAACAUGCAUUUUACCAGUUAAUCCAUCAAGGAACUCGACUCAUACCAUGCGAUUUUAUAGCCCCUGCCCAAACUCACAAUCCCAUUGCCGGAGGUGCUCAUCACAAAAUCCUCCUGGCAAACUUCCUGGCUCAAACUGAAGCUCUAAUGGCGGGAAAAACUGAGGCUCAAGCUCGUCAGGAACUUGAGAAAUCGGGGCUCUCGGGAGAGAAACUAGAAAAACUGCUACCGCAUAAGAUCUUCACGGGCAAUCGUCCGACCAAUUCAAUUGUCGUGAAGAAGGUGACACCCUUCACAUUGGGAGCCCUUAUUGCCCUCUAUGAGCACAAGAUCUUCACCCAAGGCAUCAUCUGGGACAUCAAUUCCUUCGAUCAAUGGGGCGUGGAGUUGGGUAAACAACUUGCCAAGGCCAUUGAGCCAGAACUUGCCACUCCAGAUCCCGUGAAAUCUCAUGACUCUUCCACCAAUGGACUCAUCAAUUUCCUCAAAGCCAAUUGGUAAUUGCCAAUUCUUCAUCGAAUAAUCAAAUAGUUGCAUUAUAAUGCAUGGCAUAAUAAUUGUUAAUUAUUCAUUCAAUAAAAUAUAAUGGUUGGUUGUGUAAAA